AUGUUUGUAAAAAAAGCUCUUCAAAGUCUCCUCAACAAUGCUGUUAGAUUCCAGAAUAAACAGCAAAUGAGGAUGAGCCAGCAAUAAGUCUUCAGAAAGCAUUUUGAAAAUGACAGAGUUGAAGAAUUAUUCAUCAUCACUAAAGACUAUGUUGGAAGUUUAAGCAAUGUCCUUGAAGUCUUCAAGUCCCAUAGAAUAAAUUUGACUUUCAUAGAACCUAAGCUUCUAAAUAAAAAGGGAAAUAACUAAAAUGUCAUGUUUAUAUGCACCUUUGAAGGAAAGAGAGAAAAUAAAAACGUAUAAGAAGCAUUUAAAGAUUUACAAUCUAGAUUCGAUAAUGUUAAAUUCUCCGAUGAUGUUAGCGUAGUUCCAUGGUAUCCAAGAGAUAGCUCUGAUCUUGAACACAUUGGUGAAGAAUUGAUGAAUGUAGUAGAAGAAAACUCUGCAGACUUCUUAUAAUUCACAGAUCCUGAAUACAGAAAAAGAAGAGACUACAUUGCUCAGGUUUCAAAAAGCCAUAUCUUAGGUUAACCCAUUCCCAUUUUAGAAUAUACAGAUUAGGAAUAGUAAACAUGGAGAAGUAUUUAUAACAAAUUAAGUGUAUAUCAUAAAGAUGUGUGCACUGAUAAAUACUUAUACCACAAAUCAAAGUUAGAAAAGGAAUUAGGAGUUGAUAAAAAAAUCCCAUAAUUAAGAGAUUUAGAUGAUUAUCUUAGAUCUAAAACUAACUUCAGAAUCAAAGCUGCUCAUGGUAUUCUUACUUAAAGAGAAUUUUUAAAUGCUUUGGCUCAUCGUGUAUUCUUCUCCACUUAGUAUAUUCGUCAUCAUAAGGUUCCAGAGUACACUCCUGAACCCGAUAUUGUUCACGAAGUUGUUGGACACAUUCCUAUGUUUGCUGAUCCUGUUGUAGCAGACAUAAGUUAAGAAAUUGGUUUAUUGAGCAUGGGUGCAAAUGAUGAAUAGUUAAGAAGACUUGGUAAUCUUUAUUGGUUCACUAUUGAAUUCGGGGCUUGUAAAGAAAAUGGAAAGAUGAAGGGUUAUGGAGCUGGUAUUGCUAGUUCUAUUGGUGAAUGCGAACAUUUCUUAAGCAAGGACUCAAGAUUCGAGUACUUGGAUCCCUUCAAAGACUGCGACCGUGAGUAUCCUAUUUAGAAGGUAUAACCUGUUUACUUGUAUACUAACUCUUUUGAAGAAUGCUUGGAAAGAUUGAUUAAAUUUGGAGACUAAAUUAAAAAACCCAUGAAAACUUGGUACGAUUUCAACACACAAACAAUUGAAUGCGAUAGAAGAAUCAUUGCUACUGAAAAGUAACAAGAAACUAAAAAAUGA